AACCUUUCUAAGACGCGUAAUGUUAUGGAUGAUACUUUACUUGACACCGAAAGUAGCAUCACAAUACACCCGGAGAAGACGGACCAUGGGAAUUUAAUUCAAUGCUAUAUAUCUCUGGACGGGGUCUUUGUCGCCAUACUUACAGCCACUUUAAGGGUCAUUGGCCUACCAGAUUACAUCAUAAUGACAGUAUCGGAGGAACUGCAUGACGGCAUGGAAACCAAUAUAACUUGCAGAGCUUUUAAUGGAUACCCUAAACCUCUAAUCCAUUGGUACAUCGGAUCAAAAAACGUGACAGAUAAUUCAUCGCUGAGUUCUUCAGGGAAUCCAGCUCAUCGCUAUGAUACUACGAGUACACUGUCACUUAUACCAUCGAGGUUCCACCAUGGAAAACUUUUGAUUUGCCGGGCAAUUCAACCUAUGAUACCCGGAAGGCGGUCAGUGAAUGAGAGCAUGUUUCUAGACGUAUUAUGUGAGUAUGUUAUCAAAUAAAUUGAUGUUAUUAUCAAACAAUAAAAAUUUGGGUAAAUCAAUUUAUGUUUAUCAAACUGUCAAAACUUGGGUAAGACGAUUCAGCAUGCGACACAAGGUUAUACAAAUAUUCAUGGACCGGCAAAAGGUACACAGAGUUGAUUCCAGAAAUCGAUAAUCUAGGUCAAAACGCGUAUU